CGGCUCGAGGGGAAGGAUGUGAGCGACCUUGGGAGCAUAGCGCCACAAGAAGUAAGUCUCGUGAAGGCGAACCACGUUCCUGGACGCCGUAUAAAAGGCGCAUCUUCAUCUUCUGAGGACAAUCCGCUCACCUCCUCCACACCGACAACAUGAAGCUCGUCAUCCUCGCCUGCCUGGCCGCCGUCGCCCUCGCCCGCCCCCAGUCAAACCCCGACCAAAUCGACAUCCUCAGGCAGGAGACUGUUGACAACGGUGACGGAAACUUCAACUACCUGUUCGAGACCGAGAAUGGCAUCUACAAGGAGGUGGUUGGCAGCCCAUCAGCCAACGGCGCCCAGGCCAUGAGGGGAUCCUACAGGUUCCCCCUCGAUGAUGGCUCCAUCGUUGAGGUCACCUUCACCGCUGACGAGAACGGUUUCCUGCCCGUGUCUGACGCCAUCCCCACCCCCCACCCUCUCCCCGCUCACGUGAUCGAGACUCUCGCCCUCGUCGACGAGCUGGUGAGACAGGGCGCCACUUGGGACGAUCAGGGAAGGAGAAUCACCCGCAGGAAGUAAACAUCUCACAUAUAAAACUCGCGGGAUGAUCAUCCGCUUCGACCCCUCCCCGCUGAGUGCCUGCCCUGCUAGGGUCUGUGAGCAGGAGAAGUGAAAGUUAAUGUCGAGUGCUGAGUGGCCCUACACUGUACACGGACACUUCGCUGUCGCUGUCGAUGCUCGACAUCUUCAAGGAACACACGACACCCACGACACACGGCGACACCACUCACACUCCUCCCGGGUGCUGUUCCUUUCCCCACCACCAUCACCACCACCACGCCUGCCUACACACACCUCCACACAGGUGCUUGCCCUAUCUACAUCUCACACUUACACACUUUACACUCAAGAGCUUUACUUUCUUUUUUCUAACUUCACUUCCAACCACGUGGCCACCCCCGCAGGGCACGUCACAGCCCACACGGACUCCUCUAGACAUUCCAACGUGCCACGCUUGUACAUAAGUAAGAUCUGAAGCUUCGGGGCUCCAACCAGCAUCCCUGAGCACUGGACACAAUCCAAUGCUUGUCAUCUCUUUAUAAUAAAUACGCCGCAAUCAA